UAAAAUUUGAUUAAUAAUUUUUUAUGUACAAUAAAAGCCGAAAAAAAUCCAGGUAGCUCUUUAAAACCCUAAUGCGGGGGUUUUUCUAGGGCUCAUGGCUGUCAAGGUCUUGAUCGAACUCCUGCGCGGGGCGGAAAUGCGCGGAAUCACGGCCAGAGAGGUUCUCGACAGGUACUCCCUCGCAAUCACGCCGCAGAUCUUCCACGAGGCUAUGGCGAGCGUGCGCAAGACCGACAUUGCGCUAGAUUUCUUCCGCUGGGCGCCAACGCAGGCCAAGUUCGAGCACGACACGCAGACCUGCAAUUCCCUGCUGCGCGUCGUCGUAGAUGAGGGCCGUCCAGGCGAGGCGCACAGAUUAUUCACAGAUCUCCUCCUGCCGCUCCACUAUCCAUCCGUGGCGAGCUACAAUCUCCUCGUCCGGGGCUACUGCGAGGCCGGGGAGGUGUGCAAGGCGCUGCGGCUCGUCAAGGAGAUGAAAGCUCGCGAUCUGGCGCCCAACGAAGCGACGCACGGUGAGAUUCUCAAGGGCUUUUGCCAGAUUGGGAGGAUGGAAGAGGCCUUGGAACACUUCAGGUCGGUGAUUGAUACUAGUGGAGUCGACCCUGCCAUGUACAAUACACUGAUUGAUGGGUUUUGCAAGGUGGCGAAGCUAAGCGAUGCUUUCAACCUCGCGGAGGAGAUGAUCGUGGACCUGGGAUGGAUGCCCAGUGCUGUGACUUGCAACACGCUGGUGGCGGGGCUUUGCAAGGCCGGGAGCUUUGACAAGGCUGUCAAGCUCUUCACACGGAUGGCGGAGAGAACCAAGAGGAACUCCACGAUGGUAACGCUUGCCGCUGCGAAUGCUCUGAUCGAUGGGCUGUGCAGGGCCGGAAGAGUAGACGAGGCUCUAGAGCUGGUUUUCGAGAGAUGCAAGGACAAAGCUAUGAUCAACGCUGUCACUUACGGCAUUCUUAUCCAGGGGCUUUGCAAGUCGAAAAGAGUGGAGGAUGGAUUGAGGCUUUUGGAGGAGAUGUCGACGAGCAGGGGUCUGAAUCCAGACGCCGCGACUUACAACAGUAUCGUUGCUGGAUUUUGCGAGCUAGACAUGGUGGAACAGGCACUCGAGUUUUUCAGCAACGUUACGCAAGGGAACAAGUGCGCUCCGGAUCCUGUCAUGAUUGGCACUCUUGUGAAUGGGCUCUGUAAGUCGGGACGGAGCUUGCAAGCCUUGGAGCUGCUCGAAGAGAUGGAUCGAGUGGGAUGCCAACCAAGUUCUCAAGUCUACUGUUUGAUGAUCGAGGAGCUUUGUAACAGCGGGGAAGCUGACAAAGCUUGCAAGCUUCUUCAUGAAACGUUGAGGAAGGGGCGUGCUCCAGCAAACACAGGGACAUACACGAUGAUCGUAGAUGGUCUCUACAAGACACACAGGCCGGAAAAAGCUCGCAGGCAUCUCAAAGGGAUACUGAGCUCGAGCUUGAGUGCUCCAAGCGUGGUCACUUCGUGUGCUAUCAUCGACGGUCUUUGCAAGUCUGGAAGGUUUUCCGAAGCACGCUGGUUUCUACUUUCGAUGGGCCAGAUGGGAUCCAAAGCCAACACUCACAUCUACAAUUCCUUGCUCGGCGGGCUGUGUAAGGCAGCAAAGAUGGGCGAGGCUCUUGCUUUCUUUCACGAGAUGCAAGACGAAGGCCUACCAAGUGUUGUCACUUACAACAUUCUUCUCGACGGAUUCUGCAAGGUCGUGAAGAUUGAGGAAGCUUGCGCAGUUUUUGUUGCGAUGGUGGACGCCAAAUGCCUUCCAACUGCAGUCACUUACAAGACUCUAACAGAAGGCUUUACCAGGUCUGGAAAGAUGGCUGAAGACUAUCAGUUCGCUGACCAGCGAGAUGGUUUUCCGAAAGGACUGGACAUAAUCUUGUCAAGGCUGAAGAAUCUGGAGCCUGGCUUUCAAGUUAUCUACAUGAUGGUCGACAAAGGUCUCAUAAAGCUGAUGACUGUGAACUCGAUAAUACGGCGGCUCUGGAAGGCUGGAAUGGGUGAUCAGGCGGACAAGCUAGCUCAAACUUUGGUCAAGAAGGGUGGCAUUCCUCCUGCAGUUAUGCGUGCGGCAGUCACGGAUGGUUUAUAAGCUCCCGACAAAUGCCGAGCACCUUGAGGACGUCUUAUUCUUGGACGGGAAUUCUGCCUAUGUAGUUCGCUGAAAGGCUGCCGAGGUAGAG